UGAGGUAACUGGCUGUGUUGAACUAUCGCAUGACAGGAUAGGGUUUAUGCUACCAUAAAUCUGCAGAGCAUUUAAAUGAAAUUCCUGGCCUUGAAUACGCAUAACACUUUACACAGCACAGGAAGAGAGGAAGAGAGAGGGAAGCAAGGAGGCGAGCUCCUGUGUGAGCUUACAUCUGUGUGUUUAUUACAACUGUACUGUAAAAACUUACAAAGCUGUAUUUCCAUAUAAGGCCGUAUUGCUCACAGUGGUCAUGUCCUCUGCGAUCUCUGCCCUGUCUCAUGCCACUGGUCAGUGGAUUGACACACAAGGCGUCCUUUUGUUUUUAUUUGUUCUGCUGCUUGUGAAGUACAUCAAUGAUAUUUGGCCGAGGAACAUCCCUCCUGGUCCUCUCCCUCUGCCAAUCGUCGGGAACUUGCUGGACGUCGGCUUUAAAGACCCUACCGGUUCCUUUAAAAAGCUUACAGAAAAAUAUGGAGAUGUGAUCACAUUGCAAAUGGGACCAAAUCGGAUCAUAGUGUUCAGCGGCACCAAGAUAUUUAAGGAGGCGUUUGUGGAGCAGGCAGACAUCUUUACGAACCGACCCCCCUUUCCUCUCAAUAAGAAGCUUGGCAAUGGCUUAGGCCUCAUCUUGUCUAGUGGGCACAUGUGGAAGCAGCAGAGACGUUUCGCACUCUUCACCCUAAAGCACUUUGGUGUGGGAAAGAAAACCCUGGAGAACUCCAUUCUGCAGGAGGCUCGCUAUCUUUCUGAUGUCCUGGAGGCCAAAAAAGGUUUACCAUUUGAUCCACACCAGACCUUAACCAAUGCAGUGGCCAACAUAAUCUGCUCCCUGGUAUUUGGCCACAGGUAUGAAUAUGACGAUCACUUCUUCCACCAGACGUUGCAGUAUUCCAAUGAGGUGUUUCAGCUCCCUGCCACAACCUGCGGUCGAUUGUAUAACUCAUUUCCCACCAUCAUGUCCAUCUUACCUGGCAAACACAAGAGAGCCUUUGAGAACCUGAAAAAGGUUAAAAGUUUCAUUCUGGAUGAAAUCAGGAAACACAAGGAGGACAGGAAUCCUUCCAACCCAAGGGAUUACAUUGACUGUUACUUGAAUGAAAUUGAGACGUGUAAGGACAGCCAGGCUGAAUUCACAGAUGACAACCUUGUCUACUGUGUGAUUGACCUGUUCGGUGCAGGCACAGAAACCACGGCUAACACGCUGAAAUGGGGCUUGUUAUUCAUGGCCAAAUAUCCCUCAGUCCAAGAAAAAGUCCAGGCAGAGAUUGAUCAGAUCAUUGGACAAUCCCGCCAGCCCACGAUGGAAGACAGAAUCAACUUGCCAUACACUUAUGCUGUCAUUCACGAGAUUCAACGCUUUGCCAACAUAGUCACCUUCACACCGCCCAGGGUGGCCAACAAGGACACCACCAUUGGAGGCUAUCACAUACCUAAAGACGUGUUGAUUGUCCCUCUGCUGUCAACCAUACUCCAUGACAAGAAUGACUAUGCCACUCCAGACCAAUUCAACCCUGCACAUUUUCUGGAUGAAAAUGGACAGUUCAGAAAAAGAGAAAAUUUCAUUCCUUUUUCAAUAGGGAAGAGGAGUUGUCCAGGAGAGCAGCUGGCUAAGAUGGAGCUCUUCCUCUUUUUCACUUGUUUGAUGCAGAGGUUCACCGUUCAUGCCCCAGAGGGCGAGGUUCUUGGAUUGAAGAGGACCGUUGGUAUCACCUCUGGCCCCUUGCCCUUCAAUAUCUGUGCUGUGCCACGAUGAGGCGUACGUCAUCAUGACACACGGGAUUAGGGAUCCACAAUGUAAUCAAAUGUCAUUUUUUUUACUAAUGCAAAUUCACUCUCACCAGCUCAGUGCACAAAGGAUGGCAUAGUCUACUUGCAUCCCCGUAUUAAUAAUCAUUCCAGAAUGGUUCUUGUUCCAUGUCCCGGACAAUCUCCUUCCACAGAGAGGACUGACCCGAGAGAGGAAUGCCCCUUGAUACAAUUAGGAACUUUUUAAAGUUUUAAAACAAUCACAGCAUAAUACUUUCCUCUUAAAAACAUUCACACAGUCAAAGGGAAAAAAAAAUCUAGACGCCUCAAAAAUCAAUGGAUGUUUAAUCUUUAAUAUCUUUAAUUGAAUUCAAUCAGAAGUCCAAACAAACCUAAAUUUUAAGGUCUAUAAAACAAAACAGACUGUAGAACAUGAUGUAGUGUACAUGGCAUGUGUGCAGUAAUCUUACUGUGUACUAGCAUUGAACAUUUAUGAACAUUAUCCGACAGUCAGUGCAACAGAGGCUCUCAGGAGAUGAUGACAGUGAGUGUGAAAUUCUGUAUAACAAGGGUGUCAACGAUGUUUUCAAACAAUGCAAACACCUUCUCUCACUCUGUCUCCAACAUGCACACAAACACACACACACACACACACACUUUUUGGAGUGAACUUUUUGGAAAAAAACAAAACAAAAACCUUCAUCUCUCCAUCUGCUUCCUUAAGCCGUACACUUAAGAGCCACGACAAUAUUUAGGUUCUGUCUCUAAAAUAUUGUUUCAGCCCUUUCCCACAUUUUUCAAUGAAAAUGCACACGCACAAUGAAACCCAUUUAACAAAACAUCUUAUUUUGUCAUGAUUAAGUUAACCUGGGCCUGAGCCUUUAUUAUGGCUUAAUAUGUGCUCACAUACAGAUUAUAAGUGAAACAAAAAGAAAGAAAAAAAGCUCUCAGAAUAUCUGUAAUGCAAUAAACAAUUUUAUUCCACAGAA